GUUACCUACAGAUCUCAGAGACAAAUUAAGAAAUUGUAAAAGAAUUGCUUCAAUUUACAAAAAUAAUAAAAUUUAUCAUAAACAUUAAACAGAACGGUUUAUCUCAGACGUGAACAUAGAUGUUGAUUUACCUUGAAUUUACUUUCGGUUUUAGCGAGAGAAAAAUAAACUAACUAAACAAGGUUUACUUAUUUUCAUUUUAAGCAUGGAAAUUGAAAUCAACAAUAAAAUUAUGUCGGAAGAUCAAAAUACGAAUCCUCGUAAUUCUCAAGCUGUACAACCUUCAGAUGAUGAGAAUUUGAAGUCUUGUUGGGUCUGUUUUGCCACAGAAGCUGACGAUAAACUUGCUGCUUGGGUACAACCGUGUAAAUGCAUUGGAACUACAAAAUGGGUGCACCAAAGCUGUCUCCAAAGGUGGGUUGAUGAGAAACAGCGAGGCAAUAUCAGUAGGAAGGUGCUGUGUCCACAGUGCAAGGCGGAGUACAUCGUGGUCUUCCCCUCUAUGGGUACCUUCGUUGCUUUACUGGAUACCCUGGAGGAAGUCACCCAUAAAAUCAGUCCGUUUAUUGCUGGUGGGGUGCUCUUAGGUUCAAUAUAUUGGAUCGCUAUCACAUAUGGUGCUGUCACAAUUAUGCAGGUGGUAGGGCACAGAGAAGGUCUAGAGAUGAUGGAGUCAGCAGACCCUUUGGUACUCCUGGUGCUGCUACCAACGAUACCAGUCACCCUCAUCAGCGCAAAGAUGUACAACUGGGAGGACUCUGUGCUUCUAUUCCUGAGGAAGUACUGCGCCAAAAUACCAGCUCUGACCUAUAUAUUACCGUUUGGCAACGUGGAUGCUGACCGAGCUAUCGUCGCGAACCAAACCAACACAAACGGGAACGCCCAUCUGUCUCCCACAAGGAUAUUCUGCUCCGCCCUGCUCUUGCCCACCAUAUCCACUAUCAUAGGCAAAAUAUUCUUCCGUUCCAUCAAAAACAACCUUCACAGGACAAUUCUAGGCGGACUUACGUACAUAACAAUCAAAGGUGCCCUGAAAAUCUACCACAAACAAAUGCUCUACAUCCGGCACUCGAGCAGAAAGAUAUUAGACUACACCGAAACAAACUUGAAGCUGUACAGAAGUUCUAACAUCCAGGAUACAGUGACAGCGAGAGAUGACACGGAACAAGUUAUCUAGUUCCAUCGCCUUAAGCUCGAAAAUUGUUUGAACGCAACGUGAUAGUACAUUUGUACACUUUAGUUAUCUGCCAUUUUGUAUAUAGUGUGUUUUCAGUUACAAUUUAUAUGCUUACAAUCCUCGUUAUUCACUACUAAUCUGUAUAAAUUAACCUACACAAAAAAGUACAAGCUAUAAGAAUAACUUUUCUGAGAGAUGUACCAACAAAAUGCGUCACGCCAUGCCAAAAAACUUGUUUAACUUCAAAGAAAAGUGGUAGUUCAAAAAGGAUCGGCAGUGUUAACUAUAACCAAUAGCAAGCAUUAGCAACCUACAAAUAAGACUUAAGGAUAUGAGUAACAGGAUUAAGUAGUGUUCAUGGCUCGAAAUGCUAUACUCUCACCACAAAACUUGUCUAAAAACACCAUGUUUGCGUGUUUUCUGCUUACUCUUCGCUUUAAGGCUGCAUUUAGUGCUCGACCGACGGUCAGUAGCGCGUACCAUACGCGCUGAACGUGUUGCGUUUAGCACUCAGCUGACAGCAAACUUGAUUGCGCGUGUACAAUUGCUUAGAAAAAUGAAUCCAUCUUAACCCUCUUUAAUAUGUGCGUAUUACUUAAGUAUUACAAACGAUUACGGAAUUAAAGUCGGUGAAGAUAUCAUGUUUACCCAAUUAUUAUAGAGCGCCUAGUUGAAGGUUUUUCCUUCUACAAUGUAUUCGAAAUUGCCAGAACACAAAUUUUUCUUUACGAUUUUUGAUGACGAUGUUAUAACAUCGUUUACACGCGCGUACGGUUGGCCGCUCGGUCAGCGUAGUACUGAACGCACUUGACCGACGAGUUCGACCGACGAUUCUCUUCAGCGCGACGUAGCUCUACGCGCGUAGCAAUUCAUCAGCGCUGGACUGAACGCGUUCAUGUUUUCAUAAUUGUUGCUACGCUCGACCGACGUCAGCGCUGACCAUCGUUCGAGCGUAGCUAGCACUAAAUGCAGCCUAUGAGAUUAUGCUAAGCUUACACUUAGCUGUAUUUACGUGAGUCAAGUCUAAGUACAUUCUGUAGAUCUUAGUCUCACAACUGUUUAAAAUAUAUAUUAAAGUGGACCAUCGGAGGAACGGUUUGGUGUUUUAAGACUCAGAUCUAAUAUAUUGGAGAUAUAGUGGUAUAUACGGGACGCCCAUUUAUUAAUAACAUUUAUUUUAAUAUGCAUGAAUAUAAUGACUAUAAUACCAAGAAUAUAUUUGGAUUGGCUAGACACUUAGGGCUAUACAGGUUGUAAUCGUUAAGUGUGACCAGGCGAUUAUUCCGUAACUAUUACAGAUAUCAAAAAACUUUUAAUUGAUAUCGAAUCAUAUGAUGAACUUUUAAUUGAAUCGAUAUCAGUAUGAUGAAAUCAAUAACUUUUUUUAAAUUAAACGAGAAGUAUCCAAAAUUUUGAUAUUAAAUACUCCCAUACAUGAUAUUAGUAGAAAGGUCAUUAUCGCACAACAAGGGCGUCACCUCGAAUACAAAAUUUUGUACUAACUAAGAAAUGUAUAUUAUUUAAUUAAAAGAUAGUUUUAUAUCUUGUUAGGUUAAUAAACGGUUUCCAUGAAUAUCAUUACUAAGCUAAAAUAACAUUUUAAAAUUGUAUGUCCUUAUUUUGCGUUGCUACUAAUCUCAUAGUAAAUGUAUGUUAAUAUCAAAAUUUUUGUAUACUUCUCUUUUGAUUUUUAAAAAGUUAUUGAUAUCAUAUUUCUGAUUAGGUAACGUACUUUCGAUGUCAGUUUAAAGUUCUUUAAUAUAUGUAACAGUUACGGAAUACUCACCUGUCACCACACUUAACGAUUACACCCUAUAUAUCACCAGGACACCAUGGUGGCGCAACCAGUCUGCGCUACCAAACAAUUUAAUGUAUACAGCUCUAUAGAGACUUACCUAGUGUCCUUUUAAUGGCGUAGUCAAUUUGAUGGCGCGACCAGCUCGGACGCGUCAUGACUCUCGUGUCUAUGUGGUGUCUAGUUAGUUACUUGGUAGCUUAUGGACGCCACCGUGGAGUCCCGGUGUAAUAGAGCCCUUACACAUGCACUGAAGUAAACUAAAGGUACUAAGUGAAGUUCAACUUACGUGUUAACUGAUAAACAAUACCGGUUAUGAAAAAUAACUGUAAUUGUGUUGCGGAAAAGUAAAACAUAGCUCCUUCACAGAAAUGACAAUUUGAGGAUUUAUUGAACUGGAAAGGUUCCAGGUUAAAACGAACGUCGUGGAAAAUGAGUUCAUUUGGAGUUUCCGUUUUGUAUAAAUUAUCGUUUUUUUUUUAUAUUUUUAUAUAGAGGCAACUUGGCCACUAUUUGCCGAAAACGACAAUUGAAGAUUUUUUGUAUAUCUAUAUAUAUACCAACCAUUGGGAAAUUAUGAUACCGAAUACGCUAAAGUCUUAAAGAAAUCAUAAAAAGCCAAUGAAGUGCGUAAUAUAUUCACAUUUUUCUUCAUAAAGAAUAUAAAAGUUGAUUUGACAGGAAAAAGGACUCGGCGAGGGUAAAUAUACAAUAUUUAUGUACGCUUAUUGAUACUUGCGCUUUAGUUUCGUUCACUGAUCAAGGUCCAUGUAGAAAUCUAACAAAAAAUAAAUAAAAGCUCACUUGCCAAAAGCCAAUCAUUCUAAUCUCAAUGUCAGAGGUCAAAUUUCAUAACAACUUUAUAUAACAGGUUGCUUAAACGCGUUGUGAAAUAAUUAUUUUAGUUAUUGUAAUAUUAUUUGUAUAAAUGUACAGUUAGUUAUUUUACUUAGGCAAUGGCAACUGAAAUAAAGUAAUCUAAAAUAUUUUUUUAAAUAAAUAAUAAUGCUUCUGCAAUAACAUGACAAUUCUGAAGCUUUUGAUCCUUUUUCAAAGUAUGAAAUAUGAUCAAAACUUACACAAUAUACAAAUUAUGUGUAAAGUACAUGACGCAAAAUAUAUUACAGUGCUCCCAAAUUAAUAAUGCGCAUACAGAUCUUCGCCACUUUUCGGCAACGGUCGUAUUUCCCGACUGUCGGGAGACGAUAUCUAUAUAGAGUGGUAAAAUGCAUUAAUUUAGCAUAAUUUAAUAGAAUUAUAUUACAACUAGCUGACCAGGCAAACGUUGUUUUGCCAUAUAAAGUAUAAUUCACGCCAUAGUUUUAUAAAUAAUAGCCUAUGUGUUAUUCUGGUGUGUAAGCUAUAUUAUUGUAAAGUUUCAUCAAAAUCCAUUCAGUAGUUUUUGCGUUAAAAAAGUACAAACAUACAUCCAGACAUACAAACUUUCACAUUUAUAAUAUUAAUAGGAUUAUAAUAUCAAGAGGGGUGUGUAAUAGGAGCUCUAUAUAAUUCCACAUAGACUGAACACGUGCAGUCGACACCAAUACUUAAAGACGACUGACUGACCGGCUACCACACCCGACCGCCCGAUUUGUUUUCGCAUUGUGAACACAUGAUUUGACUCCUAUUUCUUUCUCACAAGGUGCAAAAUGCAGGUGCAUUGUUUAGGGCUCUUACGAUUGAAUGAUUCGGGUGUUUCCGGGAAUACGCCCAUUAGCGAAGAUCUGUAUGCGCAUUAUUAUUUUGGGAGCACUGUAUUGAUUUAAAAAUUAAUUCUUCAUCUACAGCAUCUACUCUACAGUUGAUAACCUGCGCAACCCCAAUAUUUACAUAUUAGGAAAUUGAUCUAAAAUUUCGUUCUUGCAAAUCUAAACAACUUGUUAUGUUUUUAAAGUGAUACCCCUCACUUCUGCGAUUAAUAAGCCACAACCCGAGAGUUGAACAAAGCAUACAAGAUUUUAUAAACGAUACGUCACUCGAACGGUUGGCACAGUUGGAAGUGCGCUCGCACGGAACGCAAGAGGUCGCGGGUUCGAGUCCCGCAACGUUUAUAAUAUUUUGAUUUCAGUUUUUUUUGUGUAAUUAAUCCCAGAGGUGAGGGUCAUCACUUUAAAAACAACAAAUUGUUUACAAAUUAAUAUCAAUAAUGAGUAAACAAGUUUAAUUAUUGUUAUGUGAAAACAAAAAGUAUUCGAAGAGUUAUACUACAUGGCCACAUUACCUCUGGAUCUCACUGGAACGUGAAACCCCCUCCCUUGCCCCUUUCACCCCCUCUUGCUCGUCCUGUUGCGUCAGUAGGGUUUGCUGUUUCAUUACCGCUAACGGUACCAAGUACAUGUCGUGAUAUUUUCGUGCUAUAGCUGCAUUGUUUGUGAAGUUUUCAUUAUUACGUUUUUACUUUUGUUCUUAAUAGUUCUGUAGUUUCUGUUGUUCUGUGUCGCUAUAGUAGUACCAGAAAUAAUAUCACAACACAACACCAAUCUAUAAUACUGAAAAAAAUUGUAUUUGUUUAUUUAUUAAUAAUAAUAUCCUAGUGAUACUUGUUUUGCACACCGUACCAAAGCGACGAUGUGACGUCAUCAACGUGGCGUCCAGAGAUAAUGUAACAUAAUGUAACCGGGUAGUAAACUUAUAAACAUUAAACUGGAUGGAGGUUUCCAGGAAUAGUUUCAUUUGCCUCAAUGCGUAAUCCGUGAUAGUGUGUUUUGUCGCCGACAUUAAAACUGUGCGUAAAAGAGACAAGAUACCAACGCAUGCAACAAUUUAUAAUUUAUAAAUUGUCGAAAAAAAAAUUUAAAAGUAAAAAUAGAGGAAAUUUAUUUUCAUGGAUUGGAUGAACUAGUAAAUUGUUGCAAACUAUGUAAUUAUUUUUUUAAUGGUGCCUACCUAUUCGUAAAAUUUGUUAGGAUGCAUUAAUGAUAAUAUAUAAUAAUAUGAUAUUAAUUUUAAUAGCUUAAAUAAAUUGCAUGUAAAAUCGACAAAAUUGAUUCAUGACUGACUUUCCUGAUGAUUAUUUUAAUAUCAUAAAAACAGCAAGGUUUAUAUUUGCACGAAAAAGAUUGUAUCACAAUUGUUUGAAUGUCAGUGUCUAAUAAAAUGAUAACAGAAAUGUAUGUUCAAGCGAAUUUCGACCUACUUGUUUGAAAAUAUGACAUUAAGGUGGGACACGAUUAAAUUUUGUUGAUAGUACAUGUACAUGUGUUCUGUUUAAAAGUGCUAAAAUUCCAUGACAUAUAUUUUCUUAGUGAAAUUUUAAUGGAGGGUAGUUGAAAGUUUAUUUUUAUUUAGUGAGUUUUACUUUUUUUUGUUACUGAUUGAUAAAAAGCUCAUGUGUUUAUAUGUGUUUUAUAUUCGCAAGAAGUAUGAAGUAAAAGAUCAAAAAAAAUAAUGCAUUAAAUGAAAUAAACGGAUAUAUUUUGUUCGCUACUAUUAUAUAUAUAAAUAUAAUAAAUGACCUUUUUAAUAUGUAGUUUUAUAUUUUAUUAACAAAUACUAAGAAAAUGUAUAUAAUAUUAUGCCAAAACACUGACCUGUAUAAAUACCACUGGACAGGCUGUUCCAUAUGUUUGACAGCAAAUUUAUUGUGCCUAUUUGAAGCGCGACUCGCGAGCGUCCAGAGAACUAAUUUUCGCGUAUAAUACAAAUGGCUGCAAAGAAACGUACAAUAACUCUGCAUUUUGAAUUAAUUUCGUUCGUUUCCCGUGUUAUUUAUUCUUCAAGAAUCAACAUAAUAGAGUACACAAAAUUUUUUUGUUAAUAGUUUGCCACCAUCUAUCAAUGUUUGCUGAGGUUGUCAUCACUAGUUUUAGUACCGCAGACUCUCGCCACAUGGCCAACAGCGCCAAAAUGGCGAAUAUCAAACAGACACAAAAGCACUUUGACAGCCGUCAGUCCAGUGGUAUAUAGUAGAGGUCAGUGUCUUUGACCAGAAAGAAAGUAUCAUUAAAUGUGGUGAAUAUAAAAACAAACAUGUAAGCUGGUUAUAUAUAUAAUAUAUAUUGUGUGUUAAUUUGAUUUAAAUAAUAUCUUGUUGUGGUCAUUUACCUUCUGAUUUUAUUCAUAUAAUCAUAAUUUGUAUCUUCUUUUAAAUCGGGUAUAUUACCUUAAUUAUGGCCCACUUACUAUCUCCGUACUGUUACCUAGGGUAAAACCACACCUGUUGAUCAAAAAGAUGAUUUCUGGUAUUUUUUAGGGCAAUGAUUGGUUUAUAAAAAAAUAAAAAAUCCUUGCUUUUUAGUAGGUAUUAAAAAUAUUUAAUUAUUUUUUAAAUUAGAUUUUAUUUUUUUUACAUUCGCCAAUAUUGUUGAAAUAUUUUAUAAAUUGCCAUACACUUGUAUAUAGUAAAAUAUUAAUACAUGCUACGCAUAACUCUUUAGUGUGCCCAUUCAAUGAUUUAGGCGCUAUUUUUGUUUUCAAUUACGUAAUGACUGAUUAACGAUAUGCAUUAAACUAUGCUUUGUAUAUAUGGAUCAUAUGAUAAUUAUAUAUUGUAUAAAGAAAGAAAUAAACAUAGUGCCUUA